UCAUUUAGCUUUCAAAAUCAGAACUAUCAUUUUUCUUUCUUCUACACUGAUAUAGUGGGUUCUGCAAAGAGUUGAUUUUAACCUAUCUUUUCUUGCCGUUUAUUGUUUUAUUUUCUGUGUGAAUCAUGGAGAGAGCGUUGCAGUGGAUUCUGGUUGUAGCAGUAUGUGCUUCAUCCACCAUUAAUUCUGCAGGAAUCGAUGAAACUCCUCAUAGAAAGCUUGCCAAUGUUGAUUAUUCAGAUGUGAUAAGCAUUGAUUGCGGAGUAAAGGAGGGCUACAUUGACGAGACCCGCAUACAGUACGAAGACGAUGAUAUUGAAUUGGGUGAAACUCACACGAUUUCCGAAAACUCCUUUGAAACCCAACCUCAAAUUAAUAAACAGCUUAUGUCUCUGAGAAGCUUCCCAGAAGGGAAGAGGAAUUGCUAUAGCUUGAAACCCAAAGAGGGGAAGAACAAGAGAUACAUUGUGAGAGGUUACUUUGCGUAUGGAAACUAUGACAACAAAAGUAUGCCUCCAACGUUUGAUUUGUACAUUGAUGUCACUGUCUUCACCUCCAUACGUUUCACUGUGGCUAGUAGCACUCGUCGAGUUGAGGCUAUUUAUAGCAGCUUAGCGGACACCAUUGAUUUGUGCAUGGUGAAUAUUGAGCAAGGAGUACCUUUCAUUUCACUGUUGGAGUUGUGGCCUCUGGGAAGUGCUAAUGUUUAUCAAGAUUUGUUGAAUUUACAGACGCUGGAUCUCCUCACCAGAGUCACACUUGGAGUCUCUUCUGCACACGGCCAAUUGCUCAGGUAUAUGGAUGACGAAUAUGGUAGGUCUUGGCUUGCAAGAGCGGUAACACGUAAUGAGAAAGAAAUGAAAACAGUAUUAGGUAUUGAUUUGGAUACGUUGAAUGAUCCUUACAAGUUGCCGACAGAAGUGUUGAACACUGCAGUGAGUGCAUUGAGGUUGUCUGAUUCGGUGAAUAUAUGGAGGAAUUACACAGACAGGAGUGUGGAAUAUAAAGUAUAUCUUCAUUUUUUUGACUUUGAGGAAAGGGUAGAUAGUAGUGAGAAAAGGAUAAUGAAUGUUGUUGUUAAUGGGUUUGGAGAAGGUGUUCAUGAUAAUGUCACCGAAAACGUUAGUAUUUCGUACAAGGAGCCCCUUACACUACAACUUACUGUAGAACAAGGAAUGGGCAUUAACAACAUUUUCAUUAAAGCCACCCCUGACUCUCAGUUACCUGCCAUGCUUAAUGCUUAUGAGAUUUACAGAGUGAUUCCUCAGUCUGUUUCAGCCACACAUCAAGAUGAUGUUGAUGCGAUCAAACGCAUCAAAGAUAUCUAUAAGAUCUCCAGAAUGAAGUGGCAAGGAGACCCCUGCGGACCAACAGGUUUUACAUGGGACGGUCUGACUUGUAAUGCUGGGAAUCCUCCAAGAAUCAUCUCUCUAAACUUGAGUUCAAGUAAAUUAUCAGGCAACAUAGAUGUGUCAUUCUCCAACCUUGCAAAUUUAGAAAUUUUGGAUCUGUCAAACAAUCAAUUGGUGGGAGAGGUGCCAGAAUUCUUUGCCAAGUUAUCACAGUUGAAGAUACUUAAUUUGUCCAGAAAUAGCCUCACGGGUUCCAUUCCUGAUGCCCUCAUAGCGAAGUCAGAGAGUAAUUCUUUGCAAUUGAGUUUGGACGGGAAUACUGAUAUAUGUGAGAUAGGAUCCUGUAAGAAGAAGAAUAUUGUUCCAUUAGUUGCAACUAUUGUAGCAUCAAUUGUUGUCUCUAUAAUAAUAGUGGGCAUAGUUAUGAUUUGGAGAUCACUCAGACGAAAUAAAGGAGGGAUAUCUUCAACUUCAAAAAAAGGUCAACUAAAAUUAAAAAAUCAAACAUUUUCUUACUCGGAGGUUCAUGAUAUUACCAACGGUUUCGAAACAAUGAUUGGAAAAGGUGGAUUUGGUGAAGUUUACCUUGGCACUUUGCAAAGUGAUGAACGAGUUGCCGUAAAGAAACUCUCUCUCUCAUCAAAUCAAGGUUAUAAGGAGUUUAAGUCAGAGGCAAAGUUUCUAACGCUUGUUCAUCAUAGAAAUGUGGUUUUUCUUGUGGGAUAUUGUGAUGAAGGUGAUGCUAAAGCACUUAUUUACGAAUAUCUUUCAAAAGGAAACCUCCAAGAACAAUUGUCAGGAAAAAGCUCAAGUGUCUUGGGAUGGAAAGAGAGAGUUCAAAUUGCGUUACAUGCAGCAAGUGGAUUGGAUUAUCUGCAUAAUGGAUGUAAGCCACCUAUAAUUCACAGAGAUUUGAAAGGUUCCAACAUCCUACUAGAUGAAAAUAUGCAUGCCAAGAUUUCAGACUUUGGAUUGUCUAGAACUUUUGCAAAUGACAAUGACACUCAUGUCUUAACUAAUUACCCAGGUGGCACACCAGGUUACCUUGAUCCUGAGUUUCACUCCUCGGGGACUCUCAAUAAAAGGAGUGAUGUUUACAGUUUUGGGGUAGUUUUAUUAGAGUUAAUUACAGGUCAACCAGCAAUAAGAGGAACUCCUGAGAAACCUAGCCACAUACAUUCUUGGGUUAAGAAAAAACUUGAAGCUGGAGAUAUUGAAGCAAUAGUUGAUCCAAGAUUAGAAGGAAAUUUCCAUGUUGCUUCAGCUUGGAAGUUUUUGGACAUAGCCAUGUCAUGCCUUCCUGAUAUUGCCAUCCAAAGGCCUGACAUAAGCCAUGUAACCUCAGAACUGAAGGAUUGUUUGUCUUUGGAAGCAUCCCUUCAAAGGACUGGAAGCAACAACAGGGAUUCGUUCCUCAUGGAUUCUGUGCUCAUUCAUUUCAAUGAAUCCGAUAUAUUUCCAAAUCCUAGGUAGGAUUUGUCCCCACCUAAAUUUGCUCAACAUAAUGCAGUUAUUUCUAAAAAAAUUGUCCCUUGUUUCCUUUGUACUGGUUAUUGU